CAGCGAAGCAAAGUGCAAUCCUCCACGGCGCACUGCGGCACCAUGGGCGAGUUCGAUUCUGACGACGAGGAGCAAGCUGUUGUGGGGCAUUAUACGUUGCAUGAGGAAAUUGGCCGGGGAACGUAUGGCGUCGUGUAUGAAGCAAGGCACAACGUUAGUGGGAACAAGGUGGCCAUCAAACGACUGCUUCCCAGACACGAUGCAAGUUCAUCCGACGAAGUUGGAGUGAUGCAGCGACUCGCGGGGGCGCCACAUAUCUUACAGCUUCAAGAAGUUCUCCACGAGCAAUAUCAGCACGAACCUACGACGUUCAUCGUGUCGGAGUUCAUGGAGAGUGACCUGGAAACUGUCAUCAGGGCUACCGAUGCCCUCCCACAACUGUCCCUUCCACAGAUCAAGAGUUACCUUCGCAUGACAAUUCAAGGACUUGCAGAGUGUCAUGCACGCCACAUUAUCCAUCGCGAUGUCAAACCGAACAACAUUCUCCUUGGCUCGAAUGGCAAUGCAAUGCUCGCGGACUUUGGAAUGGCCGUCGUGGUUCCAGAACUUGCUGCACGUGCAACGUCGACGUGGACGCUGAGUUUUCAAGUCGUCACGCGCGCAUACCGUGCCCCGGAACUGCUCUUUGGUCUGAAACAAUAUGACACGAGUGUCGACAUGUGGGCGGUGGGGUGUCUGUUUGGUGAACUCUUCCUGCGUCGAGUUUGGUUUGAUGGUGCAUCCGACAUCGACCAACUCAACCGCAUCUUUCGCGCGUUGGGGUCGCCUGACGAGCAGCAUUGGAGCGCCGCCAAGACAUUGCCGUUCUUCCUCGAAUUCGCACCCACGUCGCCCCCUUCGCUUGUUACCCAGUUUCCAACUCUGCCUGCGACUGGCAUCGAUCUCCUCUCCAAGCUCCUUCGCCUCGAUCCAACUGCGCGCAUAUCAGCGGCUGAUGCCCUCGCCCAUCCAUUCUUUGCCGAAUCACCGCUUGCAUUGGAUGCAGCGCUUCUGCCGAUGGUGACACCUCCAGAACGUGGGCGAAAACGCCGUGCGUCAUCGCUGGAAGACGAGCAUGGCGACGCAGCAGAAGACGUGGGGGACGUUCCCAUGAAAGGCCGUCGGUUGUUCUAACACCAUCGUGGAAGAAAGUACGACCUGUUAAGUUUCACAUGACCUUGGCGAUACUCUCCCAGACCAGAACUUCGCUAUUUUGUUCAUUUUCCUGCAAUGCC